UCUUUUUCUCUUCUCUCUCUUUUUUCAGAAUUACUGAUUUGAGGAACAUAAAAAGAAGAUUGUAUUUAUCAACAGUCCACAAGGAAUUGUCUUCAACCCCUCUUCAUGCAAAAAUCCCACUCUUCAUGAUCAAGCGCAAAAUUUGGUGCAAUCUAUGCAUUGACUUGGUGGCAUUUACCAAUGAAAUAUUCAAAGGAGCAGUUUUCCAGUCACUGGAUGGAAUUACUGUCUCAGCGAAUUGUAAGCUACGAAAGAUCUUCACUUUAAAAUACAAGCCUCAAGACACUGCUGAUAAAGAUGCUGGACAUGAUGCUCCCUUUCCAACAGAUGAACAUAUAGACAUUAUUCCACGAAGCUGCCAACUAACAACAGAUGUUCCACAAGUCACACAGCUGCUAAACAUGACUAAACUCCGCCAAACUGAAAUAAAAUUUGGGGGUCAUCCUCUGAGUUCAGCAGAAUCAGAUCAGUUCAUUAACAGAGGAACAGUUAGCACGCGCAACAGUAAACAUCAAGAUGUUUGUCAUAUUGCCUUUGGAUCCAAAGUUCUUGGACCACCUCCACUCUCUGGCAGAAGAAAUAACAUGAGGCUAUCCAAUGAGACAGUAAGAUCUAUUGGGUCUAAAAGUAACCGAUCACACCAGCAGUCUACAGUAGAGAAGUGUGUUAACAGUGCAGAAAUGUCAACCUUGCUGUUACCUGAGUCUGAGGCACAAAGAGAUAAAGAAAAUAUCGGCCAAAUAAAGCAGACUGUACCUGUUCUUGCCAGUCUGCAUAUUAUGCAUCCACAUCCCCCUCAAGAACCGUCAGCUGAUAAGAAUAACAACAGGAGAAGAUUUCGGUUAAAAAGCACCAGCGGAGAAAGGACAGAGACACCCAGCGGCAAUUCUUCAGAAGAUAACAGGAAUGAUGAACAUAAAGCAGCAACUGUCCUCACCACUAUGUCCCAGCAAAGAGCAGAGACAUUGAACCCCAGCUCUCCAGUAUCGCAGUCUCCUGAUCAAGCAGAUGAGUGGAUAUUUCCCGAAAAUGGCGAUAACAUCCCCUAUUUGGCCUCUACCACACAGUCUCUACUUCUGCAUGAAGAUUCGUGCCAUACUUCAUGCCUGUGCCUAGAAGCCAUCAAGGAAAGUGAACAUGAUCAACAGACAGAGGAAACCCAGAUUGUUCCAAAGGAUGUUUUCACUUUUUCAUCCAGACCACGAUCAGCACCUCAUGGAAAGACUCAGAGUAUGUCCCCAGAAGGGUGCCUGUUUACUUUGGAUCUAAAGGAAGAUACCAGUGUGACAAGGAGUGACAGCCAAACAGAGGAAGACUUUUACGGUGGUGACAGCAGCGAGGAGGAGUAUGACUGGAGAAACUAUCAGCCCAGUGAGAUUAGUGAAUCUGAGCUGCAAAUGCUCGCCAGCCUACGACGGCAACAGAAUGAAGAACUGGAGGACACUGGGGCUCCCUAUGGCCUGAGCGCAUCCCAGGUUGACAACUGUAAUGUCAGCAUAAGCACCAGCAGUGACGACACAACCACGUGGAACUCCUGCCUGCCACCUCCUGUCAACCAGGGCCGUCACUAUCAGAAAGAAAUGAACCCACCUUCUCCUUCUAACCCCCGGGACUGGUUAAAUAUGCUGAGCCCACCAAUUGUUCCUCCCAGUCAACAGUCCGCAGAGAGGCAUCAGGAUUCUUCAGGAAGCUUGAGUGUUCAAGGUGCAGAGGAGCUGAGUGCGGGAGAGGAUGAGGAAGUGCUGACUCUGCUGUAUGACCCAUGUUUGAACUGUUACUUUGAUCCCCAGACUGGGAAGUACUACGAGUUGCUAUAAGGCCUGCUUCCAGGGCCAAGGAUGGCCGCCGCAGGUGGAGCAGGAUGGCAGCUCUGAUUCUGUUAAGUUGGCUCUGGCAGGCCUACGGGAUCAGAAAGAACUAAGAGAGAUGAAGUCAGUUUGUACAUAAUGUUCAAUGUUAGGACUGUCUACAUCCUUUAUGUAGAUGGGUGUGACUUUUUAGAACUGUGAAGGAGUUAAUACAGAGACAAGACUGUACGACUUUGAAUUGUUUCUUAUUUGUUGGUUCUCAUCCUAUAUAUAAUUCUGUUUACUUCAUAUACUUUUAUGUAAAUUAAUUGAGUUAUUCAAAUUUUUGCAGUGUUAAUGUGUAAAUGAUGGCUUGAUACACAGAAAAUGUAUUCUUGUUUAAAAGAUGCCUUUUCUUUUAUUACCUAUUUGUAUUAAAAAUAAAAUAUGAUGGUCAGAAGAA